AUGUCACUUGCACACACAGCUGCAGAGUACAUGCUCUCAGAUGCCCUGCUGCCGGACCGCAGGAGCCACCGCCUCAAAGGAUUGCACCUGGAACUGCCCCUGGACCGGAUAGUCAAGUUCGUGGCUGUGGGCUUCCCAUUGUUGCUGAUGUCCCUGGCUUUUGCUCAGGAGUUCUCCUCUGGGUCUCCAAUCAGCUGCUUCUCUCCUGGUAACUUCAGCAUCCGGCAGGCUGCCUACGUGGACAGUUCCUGUUGGGACUCACUGCUUCACCACCAACAGGAUGAGGCUGGCACGUACAAGAUGAAAUCUCUCUGGCCCCACAAGGCCCUCCCCUACUCCCUAAUGGCCCUGGCAGUGGUCAUGUACCUGCCAGUUCUGCUGUGGCAGUUUGCGGCUGUGCCGGCCCUCAGCUCAGACCUGCUCUUCAUCAUCAGCGAACUGGACAAGUCCUAUAACCGCUCCAUCCGCCUGGUGCAGCACAUGUUGAAGAUCCGGCAGAAGAGCUCUGACCCCCAUGUUUUCUGGGACGAGUUGGAGAAGGCUCGGAAAGAGCGAUACUUUGAAUUCCCCUUGCUAGAGCGGUACCUGGCAUGUAAGCAGCGCUCACAUUCCCUAGUGGCUACCUACCUCCUGAGAAACUCCCUCUUGCUCCUCUUCACCUCGGCCACCUACAUGUACCUUGGCUACUUCCAUCUGGAUGUCUUCUUCCAAGAAGAAUUCAGCUGUUCCAUCAAGUCAGGGCUGCUAAGUGAUGAGACCCACGUCCCUGAUCUGAUCACGUGCAGACUGACUUCCCUGUCUGUUUUCCAGAUCAUUAGCCUCUCCAGUGCAACGGUAUACACGCUUCUAGUUCCAGUGAUAAUAUACAACCUCACACGGCUAUGUCAGUGGGACAAACGACUCCUGUCCGUCUAUGAGAUGCUCCCAGCUUUUGAUCUCCUCAGCAGAAAGAUGCUGGGAUGCCCCAUCAAUGACCUCAAUGUGAUCCUUCUCUUCCUCCGGGCCAACAUCUCUAAGCUCAUCUCUUUUAGCUGGUUGAAUGUCUUAUGUGUGUUAAAGGAUACGACCACUCAGAAGCACAACAUUGACACAGUGGUCGAUUUCAUGACUUUAUUGGCUGGCUUAGAGCCCUCAAAACCUCAACAACUCACUCACCAGGCAUGUGAUGAACACCCAUAA